GUGACAAUGAUAUAUCUAAAUGCGAAGGUUAAAUAUCAACCUGAUGUUGAUGAACUGACUUGAAAAAAAGAACAGAUUUUAUCUUAUUAUUUCAUUUCAAACUUAAAAAAAUUUACUUUCCUAAGCACAUUGUAUUAAAAACUUAAUAACCAUAGCUUCAUUAACGAAAGGAAAAUGUAGCAUAGAAGAUAGCAAAUAAUAUGUAUGUAUAUGUUGCGAUAAUUAUAGUAUUAUACUAUUUUCUCUAACAGAGUAUUGUGGUAAUCGUGAUUGUACUAUCUGCAUCAAAUUUUCGUAUUCGUAACAUACAAUUAGGGUAUUACGUAUUAUAGGCGAUACGUUAGCAGUGUUUCAAAAAUUUUUGUUUACAUUGACGCCGUUUACACCAUUUCAUGCUUAUGCUCGUUAUUGGAUCAGAGUGAGAUCGACUACUGCGGGGGAUUUUUUUACGUGUUUUUCCCAGCGUUGACGACACGUCAUAAUCACGGUUUCGGAGAAAUGAUCAUUGCGAUUUUAUAUAACUUGUUAAUUCGUUUGAUUAUACUGAUAGUCAGUUAAGAAGGUGUAGUGACAGUUUUCACUGAUAACCUAAAUUAUCCAUCAUGACUUGGCUUGGAACGAUCGCUAGCAACGUUCUCCGGAAUAUCGUAUUUCAGGAUAUACCGCCGAACAUAGUUCAAGAAGUCAAGCCUGAAAAUUAUAGUAAUCGACAUAUUGAAUGCCGCGAGGAUGGUAUCGUACUUUAUGGUCCAGGUGAAAAUGAAAGAAAAUAUGAAAUUGUUCUUCAUAGGCCUUGUACAGAAACAUUGCAUCAAGCAUAUAGUUUAUAUAGAUCAGAAGAUAAUGCAGAUAUCGCAACACAUUUUAUUGUGUAUAAGGAUAAGGUUCCAGUACUUGUUCAAAUUUGUCGCGAGAUGUGUAAUGUGAAUAAGAUUCAGAAAUUAUGUGAUACUUUGAUGGAACAUCCAACAUGGACACUGGCACAUUUGGCAGCUCAUUUUGCUCUUUAUAACGCCUUUACCCAUGCUGAUGUAAAUAGUCAGUUGAACAGUGGAGAUACAGAAACAGGAGUGUCUCCUUUGCAAGUCGCGGUGCAAACAAAUAAUCUGCGUACAGUGCAAAUGUUGAUCGAAGCUAAAAGUUCAUUGGAGCAUCUGGAUUAUAGCGCAAAUACCGUCUAUCAUUAUGCAGCCAAAUCUACUAAAGAAAUAAUUUUAGCCCUUGGAGGUGAUCUUCCAAACAGUUUAAAUAGUCGUAACAGUAAUGGACAUACACCGAUGCAUGUCGCUUGUUUGAAUAAUAAGCCCGAAUGCGUUAAAGCUCUUCUUUUAAUUGGAGCGGAUGUGAACAUUCCUGCUGCCGAAGGUGAACCUUCUAGUCCUAGUUACGUAGGAGAUUUCUUGCACAGUAAACCAAAUGUUCUUCAUGCCGAUGACAUGAAAUUUGGCGGUACGCCAUUGCAUUGGUCACUGAGCAGGGAGGUGAUUAAUGCUCUAAUAGAAAGUAAUUGCGAUAUAGAUGCUUUGAAUUUCGACGGCCGUACGGCGUUGCACAUCAUGGCAAUGAGGAAACGAUUAUCAUGCGUAGUGGCUUUGUUAAGUCAUAUGUGUUCUGUAAAUAUCGUCGACAAGGAUGGCAAUACACCGCUGCAUUUAGCGGUUUCCGAUGGUACAGUGGCAAUAGUGCAGUCGCUGAUCGCUUUCGGAGCAGACAUUGAUGCAAAAAAUUGGAAGUCGGAAACGUCACGGCAUCGUGUGAAUAUCGAUAACAACGAGGGUCAGAAAAUUUUGUAUAUUCUAGAUGCGGUAGGCGCUAAACGUUGUCCACCAGAAAUGUCAGAUUGUAACAAAGGCUGCAAGUUUAACGAAAAUUAUAAUGGUCUCGCACCGCAGCAACCACCAAGGGCUGUACCGCGUACAGUGUUGGAUCAAAUGUUACAUGUUUCUGGGAUGGACAAGAUGGCUAUGCAAGAAAACCAGAAAAUAAAAGGUGGUCGACUUCUUUGUCUAGAUGGAGGAGGAAUUCGUGGUUUGGUUCUUGUACAAAUGUUAUUGGAGAUCGAGUCGAUCCUGCAGAAACCUAUCGUAGAGUGCUUCGACUGGAUCGCGGGCACUUCUACAGGUGGAAUCUUGACUCUUGGUCUAGCUGCUGGCAAGUCCUUGCGAGAAUGUCAGGCACUGUAUUUCCGCAUGAAAGAGGAAGCUUUUGUCGGUAAUCGCCCGUACAACAGCGACGGUUUGGAGAAAGUAUUAAAAGAUUGCCUAGGUGUUAAUACGGUGAUGUCGGAUAUCAAGAAACCCAAGAUAAUGAUCACUGCUGUAUUGGCUGAUAGAAAGCCUGUCGACCUUUAUUUGUUUCGUAAUUACGAUGCACCUAGUACGUUACUCGAGCAUCCAGAGACCUCGACGUCUCUCGCUUCGUCAUCGAGCGAACAAUUGCUUUGGCACGCAGCGAGAGCAACCGGGGCAGCUCCUUCGUAUUUUCGAGCGUUCGGAAAAUUUCUGGAUGGUGGAUUGAUAGCGAAUAACCCGACUUUGGAUGCCAUGACUGAAAUUCACGAAUACAAUCUCGCUUUAAAGGCUUCUGGAUGCGGAGAGAAUGCGGUCCCCUUGUCUUUGGUCGUUUCUCUUGGCACUGGUCUCAUACCUUCUAGUCCAUUGAAAGAUAUCGACAUAUUUCGGCCCGAUAGUUUAUGGGAUACCGCAAAGUUUGCGAUGGGAAUAUCGGUCCUCGCGGUACUAUUGGUGGAUCAAGCAACAGCAAGCGACGGAAGGAUCGUUGAUCGUGCCAGAAAUUGGUGUUCCAUGAUCGGAGUGCCUUACUACAGGUUUAAUCCUCAACUAUCCCAGGAUAUCGCCAUGGAUGAAAAAAGCGACGAGAUUUUGGCUGAAAUGAUAUGGAGCGCUAAAGCGUUUAUGCAUGCCAAUAGGGAUCAAAUAAAUGAAUUAGCUGCUGUGAUAAAUCGCGACCUCUAAGUCGGUACAGAUUCGUGAGAGUCAAAUAUGUACGAGUUGCUGAUUUCUUUGCGAACAUGUACGUAUGCUUGUACUGCACCCACUCAAAAGUACGUAUCUCUCUCUUUCGUCCUCCAUUUCUCUUUCUUUCGUUUUUUGCCUUCUUAUUUAUAUUAUUUGAUUGUUUGUUAAUGUUUUGUACAUACAUACGAUUGUUGUUGAGGAUUUCGACGAUUAAGAAUUAUUUAGGAAAUUUUGUAUCGAAGCAAACUUACUAGUCGGCCCGUGAUAUUUGUAAUCGACGAAGUAGCGCACAAUUUAUUAUUUAUUUCUGCUUUCUAUUUCAAUGCAGACUUUUCAUUUCUAGAUUUAAUUUAUUUACACACACACACAUGCACGCGCGCGCGCGCGCACACACACACACACACACACACAUAUGUAUAAAACAUAAAGUAGCGCGUGUGUUCGAUAGGUGAAUGUAGGAUUGAUGGCGGUUUUAGAAAUGGUGGUGGUGUAUGAUAGACUGCGGAUGUUUAUGCAUUUUUGUGAAAUUUGAAGAUGCAAAAAUAUCGAGAAUAGGAUACUUAGUAGGCGAAAGAAUCUCUGUUUAGAAUCUGCAUCGUUGUAUUUAUAAAAAUUUGAAUCGGUAUAAAUAUUCGCAGUCUACUAAUAAAUAAUAGAGAGUGAAUUAUACUGUACAUAUAGGCAACUCGUAUUUCUUCAUCAAACUAGAUGCUGACAAGAUAUUUGUUCGUUUAUUUAUUUGUUUAUUUCAUCGCAUUGUUGCCAAAAAAAUAAAUAGCAAAGAAAGAAAAGACAGUA